CCAACUCCUCUUCUCCCCCUAACUCACACAAGAAACUUUCAUUUUCGGGAAGUCUGCACGCUCUCAACACACAACAGGCGCGUGCAAUGCCGGCGUGAAUGGUGAAUGGGAUCCCAAAAAGGUGCACGGAGACGAUUUGGGGAGACGCGCGCAGGUGGGAGACAAUGAUUGCCUGCGUUUAUCGUAAGAGUGUGAAUUAGUUUCGUGGAAAAAAACAAAAAAAAAAACAAGAAAGAAAGACAAGCAAUUGCAAACGGGGAUGGAAAGCGCUCCUCUGCCUCAUCCGGACAGGAGUGAAGCCCCCCAAGAAAGAAUGAAGUAACCGCGAUGGAGCCGGACAAUGCCCCGCACUCCGAACUCAAAGGAGCCGGGGGGAGAGUCCUCAUUCUUUGGACUAUUCUGUGUUGUAGCUGCUCUCUCACGCUGGCUCAAAAUGUCGAUAUUCUGCAGCAGCUGGGUCUCUCUGGGCAAAGGGCGGGCGGCUCGUCGUCCUGGAGCGCUCGACCCAUCCCGGACGGAGUCAUCCCCUUCAAGUCCGGCGUGAUUCUCACCCCGAGGGCGCGCGUCCAGGUGCCUCUGCGCACUGUCAUCCCAGCUUCCUACAGCGCCUCCAACCUCUCCCUGAUUCUCAGUCUGUCUCUUCACCGCAUCAACAGUGCCUUUCUUUUCUCCGUUGUGUCGAAGAGAGGGCGAGUGCAGCUCGGUGUGCAGUUCAUACCGGGCAGGGUCCUUGUUUACGUCAGCCACAGGAACUCCGUCGGAUUCGACUAUGAUGUUCAUGAUGGCCGGUGGCACAGUCUGGCCUUGGAAGUCCGAGGCCACCGGGUGUCCCUGCACACGUCUUGCGGGAACAGGAGCCUUCACGCAGAUUUGAAAGGCAAAAAAGUGGAAAGGCUCGAUCGGGAGGGCUCGUUCCUACUGGGGAAAAGGAACCACGACGCGGUGCCGUUUGAAGGCGCCAUCUGCCAGUUGGACAUCUACCCCUCAGCGGAGGCGGCUCAUCACUAUUGUGAUUACGUGAAGAAACAUUGCAGACAAGCCGACACGCAUCGGCCCGUCUUCGCACCCCUGCUACCUCUAAUCGAUCCAAACGUAACUCAUACCACAGCACUGGCAUCCCGAAAUACUCCCAAAGCUACCGCCUUCUCAGCAGAGGGAUUCGUUUUUGUUCCGAGUGAUCAUUUGCGAGUUGGGAAUGACACGUUUAUGUAUCGGACUCCUGAACCUGCUCUUGCUGUCAGUCAAGUGGACCGUCCAGGGUUGGAAAGACCCACCGAAACUGUGACCUCAUCUCUUUGGAGCAGUCCGACACCACCGACACGGGAAUUACCUUCGCAAACAGGAGUCGACACAAAGGAAAGAGAGGCCCACUCUCUUGUUGGCCAAGGAUUCACGGAUGUACCAAGACUGCCAGAGGCCACGAGCGAGUCCACACAGGCGUCCUCCUCAAGAUCCUUUUUUUUCCAGCAUUUGUCCACCGUUGCGCCAAAAAACCUCGAUCCCGAAGCAACCAGUGCGCAGGAUGUCAAACCCACGCCGGUUAUUCCUGUCACUCCUGCAGCCAUCGAUGACUUCCAAACAUUUGACCUUGAACCGACCCUUGUCUCACUAUUGGCAGGACCACCCGGACUUAAGGGAGAACCGGGGCCUCCGGGAUUUCAAGGACUUCCAGGAUUACCAGGAAAGCCAGGGAAGCGGGGCCCACGGGGUCCUGUUGGCCCACAUGGAAGCCCCGGUCGACCCGGACCUCCUGGAUUGAAGGGAGAAAAAGGUGAUCCCGGUCUGUCUCUUGGGCAAGCCCCGGAAGGACAAAAAGGAGAGCCUGGUGCCAAAGGCCAUGCUGGACCGCCUGGCCAAUCUGGGCGAAAGGGGCUAAGAGGUCAUCCUGGCCCUGCUGGUCUGCCUGGGGAACCUGGCAAGCGGGGAGCAGACGGAAGCACCGGGGUCAAAGGUUAUCCUGGCAGGCAGGGUUUUCCCGGGCCUAAAGGUGAUCCGGGGCCAAAGGGAGUCAAGGGGCCGAUCGGCAUCCCGGGGCUCUUUGGUCGGCCUGGUCUUGAUGGCGAGAGAGGAAUUCCGGGCGUUCAUGGGAGGAAGGGCGAGAUGGGUAGGCCGGGAUUUCCUGGCGACUUUGGAGAAAGAGGCCCCCCUGGUCCUGAUGGCAACCCUGGCGACUUUGGAGCUCCUGGCCCACACGGAGUUCCUGGUCUUCUCGGCGAGAUGGGUCCUGCUGGCAUGAUGGGUUUACCGGGACCUCCGGGACUCAAGGGAGUGCCGGGAAACACCGGUGAACCUGGACUGAAAGGUGAUCAGGGGGACGUCGGUUUGCCAGGGGAACCAGGAGAGGCGGGUUUCAAAGGGGACAAGGGCGUCCACGGGGCAUCUGGUACACCAGGACCGUCUGGAAAUCCAGGACCACAGGGUCAACCCGGUGAUAAAGGCCCAGACGGUUCGGCCGGCCCUCCUGGCCUCGAGGGUUUCCCGGGAGAUAUCGGCCCGCCGGGUCAAAAUGGUCCAGAGGGGCCAAAGGGUAGGCAAGGCGCCCGAGGGUUUCCUGGUCCACAAGGAACACCUGGACUCAAUGGUGAUGAGGGGCCAAUCGGGCCAGCUGGGCCAGCAGGAAUUGAGGGCAGGCCGGGGAGGCAAGGAUUCCCUGGACUUACAGGCCUGGACGGAGUCAAGGGUGAGAUCGGGAUAACCGGAGAGGUCGGGAAUCUUGGCGAGAGGGGUUUGCCUGGAUUCAUCGGGAUGACUGGCGCGACGGGCCUUGCGGGAGAAAUGGGUGAUCGUGGGAAAAUGGGCACUCCCGGACCACCGGGAGAAUCGGGGCCGAUGGGUCACACUGGAAUACCCGGAGAGACUGGCCCUCCUGGGGCAGAAGGGAUCCCAGGCCCUACUGGCUCACGGGGAUCAGGUGGCACCAGAGGACCCAAAGGCAUUGAGGGUCCGAGGGGUCCUGAUGGCAUCGUCGGGGAAGAUGGUCCUGCUGGACUAAAUGGCCCUGAUGGUCCGCCAGGAAAGACAGGCAUCCCUGGCCAUGAGGGAAAGCUUGGCGAGCCCGGUGAAGCGGGACCGAAUGGAUUUCCGGGGAUACAAGGGCACUCUGGCCCUCCAGGGGACAAAGGACUUGCUGGGGAUGCCGGAGCAGCUGGGCCUCCAGGAACGGGUGGGCCGACGGGGGAGAUGGGACCCUUGGGCUUACCGGGGAAGGCUGGAGAUGGAGGACUGUCUGGUGAGCCUGGGGACAAGGGUGACCUUGGUCCAUCCGGCAACAUAGGAGAGCAGGGCUUGAUUGGCCAGAGAGGUGAGCAUGGCAUCGAUGGUGAGGCUGGACCGAGUGGACCUGAUGGAGUUAAGGGUGAGAAAGGGGAUGCCGGCGCAGAGGGUGCCAUGGGAGACAAGGGUGAAAUAGGCCAGAAAGGAGAAGAUGGACCUUCUGGGCCGCCUGGACUGUCGGGAGUGAGGGGUCAGGAGGGUAAACCAGGCAAAAUUGGCGAAGGAGGAAAAGCAGGAGAUAAGGGCACCAAAGGACACCAAGGUCACCUGGGUGAAAGCGGGCCAAUGGGCGAGCAGGGAGCGCCAGGAUUUGUCGGACUGAAGGGAGCGAGAGGAACGAUAGGUCCAGUGGGUGCUCCUGGAAGAAUGGGACAGCUGGGAGAGCCGGGAAUUCCAGGCUAUGAGGGUCACAAAGGACUGCACGGCUCACAAGGACCACCAGGACCAAAAGGUGAAAAGGGUGUGCAAGGGGAGGACAGCAAGAUAGAAGGACCCCAAGGUCGCCAAGGUGACAGAGGCCCUCCUGGUAACAGAGGUGAUAGAGGAGAAUCAGGUGACCCCGGACACGAUGGUCCAGUAGGUCUUGAUGGAGAGAGAGGUAAAGCCGGCGCCCAAGGACUUCCUGGACAUCCGGGGCCCGGAGGGCAACAAGGACUGAAAGGAUCCAAAGGUGAACAAGGUCAGAAAGGAAAAUCUGGGCCGAGAGGAACAUCUGGGAGCAAAGGACCACCGGGUCCAGAGGGCUCCCCUGGCCCACGAGGUGUUACAGGAAGGGAGGGUCUGGAAGGGCUUCAUGGAAUGGAUGGAUUGCCCGGAACAGAUGGAAGCAAAGGCGCCAAAGGGGAGCAGGGAGAAGAUGGAGGAUUAGGCCUCAUGGGGAAACCUGGGCCACAGGGUAAAAAUGGUGAGACGGGUCUCCCUGGAUCUCAAGGUUCUUUUGGAUCAAAAGGUGAAAGGGGUCUUCCGGGCCAAACUGGACCCUCAGGAAUUAGGGGAAUCGUUGGCAGUGAGGGAUUGAUGGGAAACCAAGGACUGAAGGGCUCCAAAGGGCAACCAGGGGACAUUGGUGAACAAGGAUUUGCAGGGGUGCUAGGUCUCUUUGGACCUAAGGGACCCCAAGGAGACAUGGGCCCAGCGGGGAUACAGGGACCAAAAGGACCAAGAGGACUGAUGGGUACGGACGGAGCUCUGGGCCCCGUUGGCAUCAUCGGCCCCAACGGCCAUCCUGGACUACAAGGUGACAAAGGAAGUCGGGGGGACGUGGGCUUGCCAGGACCAAGGGGAUCUCCCGGUCCUCGUGGCCCACCGGGGCCUCCAGGUCGCACCGGUUCUACCCUUUCUCUUAGGAACGAGGCACUUGGUGCAACUUUUCAAGUCAUCAUUGAUUCGCAUAAUCCACUCAGGCCAGAGCUGAAUUACCACAAUAUGGACCUUCCCAUGCUGGACCAGGGAACGGAGAUCUUCAGGACUCUGGAGCAUCUCAGCUCUCUAAUCCACAGUCUAAAGAACCCACUAGGGAAGCGCAACAAUCCAGCUCGCAUCUGCCGAGACCUCUACAACUGCGAGCAAAGGAUGUACGACGGCACUUACUGGAUCGAUCCAAACCUGGGCUGCGAUGCUGACACCAUCGAGGUCACAUGCAACUUCACUGCUGGAGGACAGACAUGCUUGAAACCCGUCACCGUCUCCAAGGUGGAGAUGGGGGUCGGUCGCAUCCAGAUGAACUUCAUCCACCUUUUGAGUAGCGAGGCUGUGCAACACAUCACGGUCCACUGCUUUAACACGCCUGUUUGGGCAGCGGGACCUUCCUUGCAGCACUACAGCCAGGCCGUGAGCUUCAAGACCUGGACAGGGGAGAAGAUCCGAGCAGGCGAUCUUCUGGAACCACUUGUGCCCAGAGACGACUGCUGGAUCAAGGACGGCCGCUGGCGUCAGACCCACUUUGUGUUUCAGACUCAGGAGCCCAAUUUACUCCCCAUCGUGGAAAUAUCCAACUUGCCGACCACAGAACCUGGAUCACGUUAUCACCUUGAGGUUGGACCCGUUUGCUUCUUAUAAAACCUCAGUAAAGGCCAGCCCUCCCUCGACCUCCUGAGUGGGGUGACCCGACGGACAGUUGCGGACUGCAAGGAACCCUGAUUAUGCUCCUGAAACUAUGCUUGGACUGCAGAAACAGAGGCGGGAACAUAUAAGACUUCUGGCACUGAUCCGCCUUUGGAAUAAAAGCCUUUCUUCUCCAGUGACUUGCCGCAAGCUUUGAAUUGCCCUGGAUGGAAGGAAAACGAUAAGAACAUUUCAUUGUUUUGGCGCUAUCAAACUCUGAUUGUACAGAAAUAAUGAAGGUCCAUUUAUAAAUGCGCUAAUGUAUUAUUUAUAACUGUGUAUGUGCUGUAUAUUGUGAUAUAAAGUGCAAUAGCUGUGACUGCGCGCAUCAUAUCACUCAUUCGGAUGUCUUCGCACAAGCACGUGAGAAGAUACUACCUCGUUCGGCACGUCUGAGUGGUCCUGAUUUGGGUGCUCUCACUGGACACAUUAGGGACACUUGCGCAAUCUAAUGAGAAAAGGAACAUUCUCCACUGCGCUCGGUGAAACGCAGCGCGGUGCGACGUCACUGGCAAAGGACAACUUAAAAAACACGGUGCUGAUCAAAAUCCGAUUCAAACGGAACGGUGUCAUCUUUGAAAAAGCAAAUGUUUCGCUCUCAUUCGUUUUGGGUGCUGUGAAAAUUUGUCACAUUCGUGACGUUUUUCUCAAACUGGCGAAUCAAAAUGUACGCACUUAUUUGUGAUUCAUUUGUCUCAAUCAAGACUUGAGUUAUUGUAAAUUGUGAACUUAAAAUGUUAGGAAACACUCUGAUGUCGACGAUUUAUCUUUUUUUUUUAAA